CCAAAAGCCUCGUUUGUUCGUCGCCACCUCGUCAACUCUCUCUCUCUCCGCACCCCUUCCUGCCCAGCCGUCUCUAAUCCUCGAUAGAGACAAACGGGCAGCAAGCUUCAGUCCACCUCCUCUCACAACACCUCAAAAAAUCCGGUGAACGUCGUCGUUUACGCACGACGCUUCUCCGCCUCAAUUUCUUCCCUCGACCUUGCCCUCCGCGCGCCGCCACGCAAUGGCCCAAGCCCAAUCUCCCCACCUUACCGACAUCCCCCAGGCUAUCCGCAUCGCGGCGAGCGUUGACCCUUCCAUCGACCCAGGCCUCAAACAGCAGGCGUUCGACUACCUUGGAAAAGUCAAGCAGCUCUGCGAGGAAACAUGGCAGGACUGUCUCUUCCUCUACCUCCAGGGAGCUGGCGCGCCCAGUGCAGGCGCCACUGGCACUGACGGCAAGGAGAAGCUCGAGACGGACCUGCGCAUGUUCUGUGAACAGGUCGUCGACCAGACGCUGUUGAACAAGCCGGAGAUCAUGUCGGCGGCAGCACAACACGCCAUGUACAAGGCCGUUGUCGACUUCAUUGAGGCCGAGUAUGUCAAGGGUAACUCGGAGGGUGGCCAAGCUUUCCUUCGCAACAAGCUUGCGUACACGAUCGCUCACCUCUUCCUCAACACUUACCCUGCCUCAAUCCCCACUUUCCUCCACCCGUUCCUCAAUCUUCUGGUUCCCUCAGAUUCCGCCACCAGCCUCAACCCCUCGCUCCUGGUUAUCCACCUGCUCAUCGAGAUCGCACUCGAGAUCCAUGACAACAUCAUCAAGAGCGCACGAGCUUGGUCCAACGAACGGCAGCUGCGCGACGGCUCAAUACGCGAGGUCAUUCGUUCUAGCGGUGACGAGCGCAUGGCGGUGGAGGGUCUUCUCUCUCUGGCAAACAAGGGCGUGGGCCUCAGCAAGGGCAACGCGAAGUGGCUUGAAGUGACCCAGGCAGCGCUCAAGGCCCUUGGUCACUGGACUCCCUGGGUCGACCUCGCCGUCUCUCUUACCCCAGAUACCCUGUCAUUCUACCAGCAGCUGUUGCAACAGGACGUUACGUCCUUGCGCAUCCCUGCUGCUGGCAUCAUCCGUACCCUCGCCGCCAAGGGCAUGAAGGACCCCGCUGAAAAGCUCCAGGUCCUCAAGGUGCUCGACAUCAUCUCGCUCAUUGAUCCCCUGGAGCAGCAGACCCGUGGCGCAAAGGGAGAUCACGAGCUCGUCAACUUCCGUGCCGCUCUUGCCGGUGUUGUCCAGGCCUAUGGUACGGAGCUCAUCAAGCUCACCGAACUCGCCGAGGCGCCAGAGGAGAUCCGCAACGAGGCCGACAGCCUGUUGUCCAACUCCAUCCCACUUGUUCUGCGCUUCCUCAGCGACCGCAACCCAGAGGUGCCAACAGCUGUGUCGCCGUUCGUGUCAGACCUUCUGCGUACGUUCAAGAAGUACAUGAAGCCGGGCAAUCCCGCGCAGCCCAACGGCAACAGGGCUGCCGCUGCCCCACCACCAUCCCCUAUUCCUCUGCCACCCGCCAAGAGACAAUUCCUACUCAAUGUGCUCGAGGUUGUCGUCAGGCAGCUUGAGUGGCCCGAGGACAUUGAAUGGGAGAUUGUCCAGGACGACGCCGACUCCGACGAGGAGGUCGCUGCCUUCUACGCCAUGCGCCAGAGCUUCCGCAGCGUCAUUGACAAUAUUGCCGCCAUCGACAAGACCCUGCACACCGAGGUCGUCGCGAGCGUUGUUGUCAACACCUUGGAGCGUCUGUCCUCACAAGGUUCGUCCGGCGUCACCUGGCAGCAGGCUGAGCUUGCGGCGUACCUCGUCUACACGUUCGGUGAGAUCUCCAAGAGCAACUCGCGCGCUGCUUUCUACGAGCUUCCUCCCGAGCUGGCUUCCAAGUCGUCGGCCGUCAAGAUGUCCCGCUCAACAGGAAAGCUUGGCGACGCGGCAAUGGCCAGCGGCCAGUCGACCCCCACGGGCACCGGUGCCGAUCUUGCGAUCGCUGCACUCGACCCCAAUGCCAAGAUCGACUUUGAGCAGUACCCUCUCACCCCCCUUGGUCAGCUCCUCACCCUUUGCAUGACUUCCGGACUGUCGGCGUACCCUCACCCCAGUGUUCCCCUCCAGUUCUUUGAGAUUGCUGUCCGCUACGUCGACUUCUGGAAGAUCAAGCAGGGUGCUGUCCAGCCCAUGUUUGAGGCACUCCUGGACAGCCGCGGCGUCCACCACCCUGACGAGUGUGUGCGUCGCAGGGUCUUCUACCUCAUCAGUCGCUUCAUCAAGGAGUGCAAGAAUGAGAUGGAGCCCAGUAUGAUCCCCGUCAUCAUUGACAACAUCAAGGACACGCUGCCCAUCCACCCCAAGCUCGUUCCUGCUGAGAACCCCGACGAGGACAUCCUCCUGAGCUCGACCAGCGGCAAGAGCUACUUCCAGGACCAGCUCCACCUGUUCGAGGCUGCUGGCGUGUUGGUCUACCUCACACGCCCGGAUCCCAGCUCACAGAUGAGCUACCUGGCGGCCAUUGCUGGCCCCCUGAUGGCUGGGAUCGGAGCUGGGCUGGAGCAGUACCGCCUCAACCCCAGCGACAAGCCCGCUGUGCUGCACGUUCACCACCACCUCAUGGCUCUCGGACACUUUGCCAAGGGAUUCCCACCCGUUUCGGACGACCAGCUGGAGGCACUACCCUACCAGCAGCCGUUCAAGCAGAUGACCGAGGCCCUCCUCGAGGCCCUUGAUGUCAUGAAGACUGAGCGUGUCUUCCGCGAUGCUGCUCGGUUCACCUUCUCGCAGUUCGUCUCGGCCAUCGGCUCCACCAUUGGCGAGCUUGUCCCUCGCUUUGUGCGCUCCGUUGUCACCGAGUUUGAGCCUGCCGAGCUUAUCGACUUCCUCUCCUUCCUCGGCCUGCUCAUGCACCGCCUGAAGAGGAACACCUUCGAGACGAUGGACAUGCUCCUGCUCCCUCUACUCUCCCGCAUCUUCUCGGUUCUCCAGAACCCUGUUACGGGCACCGACGAGGACAUUAUCCACCGCCGACUCCAGGAUGCCUACCUUACCUUCUUCACGUCGCUCAUGAACGCGAACCUCGAAGGCGUCUUCAUCACGGACCGCAACAAGCCCGAGUUUGAGAACGUCCUCACGUCGCUUGUCGCCCUUGCCGAGGACUCUACCGACGCCGGUGCCCAGCGCUUGGCGUGGAGCUUCCUUGCCAAGUCGAUCAUCGCGUGGGGUACCUCGGCGGCCGCCGCCACGGAGCCCUCUGUCUUUGCCGAUUCCGCGCGGUCCCACCUCAGCCAGAAGGUUGCCAGCGGGCAGGCAGUUGCGACCAACCAGCACGCCAUUCCCAAGAACGAGCGUGCGGCGCAGGCCCUCCCCGGGUACGAGACGUUCGUCUACCAGCGUCUCAUCCCGGCGGCGUUCGCUGUCCCUGCCUCGACAACGUUCAACCUCAAGGCUGGCCAGCCCGUCCUUGCCGAGAUUGCCAUUGUCAUUCGCAACAUGCUGCAGGCACGUGGCCAGGAGGGUGUCGACUUCCUUCUUAGCGACAUGCUGCCCAAGCUGCAGUGCCCUCCCGAGAUGGCCCAGCAGUUUGUCAACAGCCUGCGCACCCAACAGUCAAAGGACUUCAGAAAGACCUUUGCUGAUUUUAUCAAGCUGCGCCACCUGGCGACCGAGCUAGCGGACUACGAGCCCCCGCUCGACCUCGUCUCCAAGCUCGGCGCGCGCCCGCCCCUCCAGGUAUCCGAGCGCGCAUGGUACGCGCGCCUCCCGGGGCUCGGGGAGCGCGUGCUCCCCGACGACGGGGAGCGGGGGAAGGCGCUCGUGCGGGUUCUGAGCGGGGAGGAGGAGAUUGCAAACUUGACCACGCCGCGGGGGAUCCUACUCACCGGCCCGCCGGGCUCGGGCAAGUCCCUCCUCCUCGCGCUCUUCUUCGACACGCUGCAAACCCCACACAAACAGCGCCACCACUACCACGCGUUCACGCUCUGGCUGUACCAGCGCGUGUUUGACGAGCUGCGCCGGCGGCAGGACGGCGCGGUGCCAGGCCAGGACGAGGCGAACAAGGUGCUUGCUGGCCGCAGGGGGUGGCGCGCCGUGUUUGGUAAUGGGCGGUGGGAGACGCCGAAUGGCGACAGGGCGGCAGCGGAGGUCGGGUACGAUGAUCCCCGGGACACGAUCCCGUUUGUUAUCGCCAAGGAGAUGAUCUUGUCGUACCAUAUCCUUUAUUUCGACGAACUCCAGCUCGUCGACGCCAGCUCGGCCGCGCUCCUCCGCGACGUGCUAUCAUGGUACUGGCGCCUCGGGGGCGUCGUGCUCGCGUGCUCGAACCGCGUCCCGGACGAGCUGUACCACCACGGCGUGCAACGGGAGCGGAUGGCCGGGUUCUUGGACAGCCUGAAGGGGCGGUGCGAGGUGGUCGAUGUCGACGGCGGGCGCGACUGGCGCCGGCGGGACGACGCCGGCGCGGCCGCUGCUGCGCCGCGCUGGCUCGAGCUGGGCGACGAGCGCUUCGACGCCGCGUGGGAUGCGCUCGCCGGUACCCCCGAGCCCGCCGACCUCGUCGUCUACGGCCGCCGCGUGCAUGUGCCGGCUGUCAAGGGCCGAGCGUGCCGCUUUGCCUUUGCUGACCUGUGCGAGGCGCCACUCGGCCCAGCGGACUACAUCUCCCUCGCGUCGACGUACGAGACCUUCUUCAUUGACGAGGUGAAGAUCAUGCUCCUGCGGAACAAGAACGAGGCGCGGCGGCUGAUCAACGUGAUCGACGCGCUGUACGAAUCCCGAUGCAAAGUCGUCAUCCGCGCCGCCGCGCGCCCCGAGCACCUCUUCUUCCCCGACGCGCUCGACCCGUCCAUCGACCCAGAGCACCACGACCUGCUCGAGGCCGAGGCGCUCUCCGAGACGCUCGGCGCGCAGCCACGCGCCAACGUGAGCACGUACAACCCGCGCACGCGGGCUCAGCGCGAGCGCGACGACCGCGCGGACCUCGGCUCGAGCUUUGCCGUCAGCGCCAUCUUCACGGGCGAGGACGAGCGGUUCGCGUACAAGCGCGCCGUGUCGCGCCUGGUGGAGAUGUCCACGUCGGUGUCGUACGCUGACGAGGCUUGGAUCCCGCUCACGCCCACCGACCGCGGGUGGGAGGGCGGCGACGCGCCGCGCACGACGCCGCGCGCCAUCGUGCACCGCGACUCUGGGUCCGGGUUCAAGGGCGACGACGUGAUGGCUGCCGAGGCCGGCGCGGCGCACGCCCACCGCCUCCGGCGCGACAGGCACCAGGUGGUCGAGGAGGAGGAGGAGGAGCUGCCGCUGCCGGAGGUGCCUGCCUCUGGCCCACGAGACGGCGCGCCAAAGAUUGCAGAGGUGCAUGCUUGGGGCGUGGAGGACGGGUGGGGCCCGCGUGCUGGCCUGUGGGGACGCGGUGCCAAGGCCCACAACACUGGCGAGAAGGGGGAGAAGGAGUAG